AUGGCGAAGGCGACUACGAUUAAGGAAGCCCUCAAACGAUGGGAGGAAAAAUACAAAGUCAACCCGGCUGAGGCCAAGGAUGUCGAGCUGCAAUUCCAGUGGCCUCCGAUUGAGAGAAUGGACAACACUCUAGCUACCCUCACAGCCUGCGAAUUCCUCAGCCUCUCGACCAACAUGAUCGACAAGAUCUACGGACUCAACGGGAUGAAGAACUUGAGAAUCCUUUCCCUGGGACGGAACUACAUCAAGCAAAUCUCUGGCCUGGAAUGCGUAUCGGAAACUUUAGAGGAACUCUGGCUGAGCUACAAUCUCAUCGAGAAGCUCAAAGGAAUCAACUGCCUCAAGAACCUCCGCGUCCUGUACCUCAGCAACAACCUCGUGAAGGAUUGGGCUGAAUUCAAUCGUCUGCAGGAAUGCCCAAGUCUCGAGAAUCUCCUCUUCAUCGGCAAUCCUCUCAUGGAAACCAUGGAGGAAUCCCUCUGGAGAGCAGAAGCCACGAAGCGUCUGCCGCUACUGAAAAAGCUAGACGGGGAAACGGUCCUCCGCGAAGAGGAAGAACAAUAAUUUAGAC